UCCAUGAUGAAUAAUACAGAGGUGACUGACUUCAUCCUGCUUGGACUAACCAGUGCCCCAGAACUGCAGGUCCCUCUCUUUAUAAUGUUCACCUUCAUUUACCUCAUCACUCUGGCUGGGAACGUGGGGAUGAUCCUGUUGAUUCUGCUGGACUCUUGUCUCCAUAAGCCCAUGUACUUUUUCAUCAGUAACCUGUCUCUGGUGGAUUUUUGUUACUCCUCAACAGUCACUCCAAAGGUGAUGGCUGGGUUUCUAACAGGAAAUAAGGUCAUCUCGUACAAUGCAUGCGCUGCUCAGAUGUUCUUUUUCAUAGUCUUUGCCACUGUAGAAAGUUACCUCUUGAUCUCAAUGGCUUAUGACCGCUACGCAGCAGUGUGCAACCCCCUACAUUACACUGUAACUAUGACGACAAGUGUGUGUGCUCGUAUGGUCAUAGGCUGCUAUGUCUUUGGUUUUCUGAAUGCUUCUAUUAACACUGGAGACACAUUCUGUCUCUCUUUUUGUAGGUCCAAUGUGAUCCAUCACUUUUUCUGCGAUUUUCCAGCAGUCAUAACUCUCACUUGCUCUGAUAAACACAUCAGUGAGAUGAUUCUUGUUCUUAUCUCAAGCUUCAAUGUCUUUUUUGCACUUUUUGUAAUCUUGAUUUCCUACCUGUUCAUAUUUAUUACCAUUUUGAAGAUGCCCUCACGAGAGGGAUAUCAGAAGGCUUUAUCUACCUGUGCAUCUCACUUCAUUACUGUUUCCAUAUUUUAUGGGACAGUCAUCUUCAUGUACUUACAGCCCAGUUCCAGCCAUUCCAUGGACACUGACAAAAUGACAUCUGUGUUCUAUACUAUGGUCAUCCCCAUGCUGAACCCCCUAGUUUAUAGUCUGAGGAACAAAGAGGUCAAGAGUGCAUUUAAAAAGAUUAUUGAAAAGGCAAAAUUUUCUCUAGGUUUUUUCUUGAUGUAA